AUGUAUGACAACCAUCGAUUGAUUGAUGUGCGAUCUACGGUGACCAUAGUGAACCACCUCACCCGUCCCAUCAAUAUCCGCACAUAUCCAGAGAACACUAAGGCCGUCUACUCAGACCUCUUCAUUGACCCGGGAGCGCAUAGUCCCAUCUGUAUCUGUAUUGCGAAGUGCCCGCCUGUGAUAGGUGCGAAGCGUUUUAUAAUCGAUAUCCAGCCUUCCUCAUUGAGCCUUGGAACGACCUAUGCGGUCCCAAUCACCCAAGCCACAGACCGAUUCCAGGUGCGUGCGCUCAGUUGCCAUGACAACGAGAAGAGCAUGGACCCUGAUACCGACUUCUGCCCAGACUUUGUGCACUGGUCACGCUUUGGAAUGAGUAAGAAGGAACGCACAAGCAGAACAGCGGAGUCGGCUACUGAGGAGAAGAUGAUGGAGUGA